UUGAAGUUACAAUACAAGACACAAGACGAACAAAGUCUAACAUGAAGGUUUUCGUAUGCUUAUUAGCUAUUUGUGCAGUUGCCAAUGCUGGCUUCUUGUUCGGUGGUGGUAGCUCCGGUGGCGGCGGCGGUGGCCAUGGCGGCUGGUCUGGCGGCGGUGGUGGUGGCUCCGGAGGUCAUGGUGGCUGGUCUGGCGGUGGCGGUGGUGGUUACGGCGGUGGUCAUGGUGGUGCCGGUCCCACUACCGUUGUAAAAGUAAUCCACGAAACUGCUGAUGCUGGUUUUGGUGGUGGAGCUGGUGGUGGCUGGUCAGCCGGUGGCGGCGGUGCCGGAGGUUGGUCAUCAGGUGGCGGUGCUGGUGGUGCUGGCGGUGAAGUUAAAAUUGUCAAGGUCAUAUCUCAAGGUUCAUCCGGCGGCGGCGGUUAUGGUGGUCACGACCACGGUUAUGGUGGUCAUGGUCAUGGACAUGGUGGCGGCUCUGCUGGUGGCCAUGUCAAAGUAAUCAAACUCAUCCAUGAAACUGCACCUGCUCCAUCUGGUGGCUGGUCUGCCGGUGGUGCCUCAGGCGGUUGGUCUGCUGGUGGUUCCGGUGGCUGGUAAUUAUAUUUCACCUGGCUUCAAAUGAAAUCCCCCUUCUCAUGUUAUGUUAACUUUUGUGAUAUCUUGUUAUUGGAAACAAUGUGAAGUCCCCCUACUGGACCUCCAUUGUCCAAGU